ACUCGCCCCCGGGCCGCGAGCCGGCAGGGACUAUAGGAGAUACGGCUGCGCCCCGGGGCCGAACAGCCAGGCUGGGCGCGGGCGCGAUUGCAUUUGCCAACGGCUGGGGCGAUCGAGGCGGCUAAUCCCACGCCGGGUGCCGCGGGAGGGGCAGGCGGGGCACGGGGGCUCGCUGAAGCCGGCCCCCGGCGCUGGGGGCGUGCCCGGUUAUUUCUGCUCAGGCAGUCAGCGAGGUACACCUGGUAUUAAAGUUCUUAUGCCUGCACUUUCUCCAACAAUGGAAGAAGGAAACAUUGUGAAAUGGUUGAAAAAGGAAGGUGACACAGUGAAUGUUGGAGAUGCAUUGUGUGAAAUCGAAACGGACAAGGCAGUGGUUACCAUGGAAUCAAGUGAUGAUGGCAUAUUGGCUAAAAUACUGGUGGAAGAAGGAAGCAAAAAUGUUCGCUUGGGCUCACUAAUUGGUCUGCUGGUAGAGGAAGGCCAGGACUGGAAGCAAGUUGAAAUACCAGCUGAUGCUGGUGGUCCAUCUUCUGUGGCUCCACCAGCACCUGCACCUGCCUCAGCUCCUGCAGCUCCUUCAGUUUCAGCCCCUCCUAAGCUGCAACAUCAACCUGGGAAAUUGCAGGUUCGCUUAAGUCCUGCAGCUCGUAACAUUCUGGAGACACAUGGACUAGAUCCAAGCAAUGUUACACCUACUGGGCCUCGAGGAAUCUUCACUAAAGAGGAUGCUCUCAAACUUCUGCAAGAGAAGCAGAAAGGUAAACCCAGUGAAUCAAAACCUGUGGUUUCUCCAGCUCCUGCUGCAGUGCCUUCUCCUUCACAAGCAACAGCCGUGACUUCCUAUCCAAGGCCAGCAAUUCCACCAGUUUCCACACCAGGACAACCUGCUGCACUGGGCACAUUCACAGAAAUCCCAGCUAGCAACAUCCGAAGAGUUAUUGCUAAGAGAUUAACAGAGUCUAAAACCACCAUACCUCAUGCAUAUGCUGCUGCUGACUGUGCCAUUGAUGCUGUUUUGAAAUUAAGAAAAGAAUUGGCCAAAGAUGACAUUAAAGUAUCUGUAAAUGAUUUUAUUAUCAAGGCAACAGCAGUUACUCUGAAGCAAAUGCCAGAUGUGAAUGUAACCUGGGAUGGGGAAGUCUGCAGGCGGCUGCAGUCCAUUGACAUCUCCAUUGCCGUGGCAACGGACCGAGGGCUCAUUACACCAAUCAUAAAAGAUGUUGCUGCCAAGGGAAUACAGGAAAUUGCUGCCUCUGCAAAGGCUUUAGCAAAGAAGGCCAGAGAUGGAAAACUGUUACCAGAAGAGUACCAGGGAGGAUCUUUUAGUAUCUCCAAUCUGGGCAUGUUUGGCAUCAGUGAUUUCACAGCAGUCAUAAACCCUCCUCAGGCCUGCAUCCUCGCUGUGGGCCGAGCAAGACCAGAGCUCAAGAUUGUGGAGGAUGAAGAAGGGAAUGAGAAACUUGAGCAGCAUCAACUCAUGACAGUGACUCUCUCAAGUGAUGGUCGAGUGGUGGAUGAUGAACUGGCUUCAAAGUUUCUGGAGACCUUGAAAGCCAAUAUAGAGAAUCCAAUGCGACUGGCCUUAAAUUAAACUCAGUGAAGAUUGCUUCCUGGUUUGGCAACAUAGAUAACAAUUAUAUACUUAGGAUUGUUUUUCUGUAUAGAGGAGUAAAUAGCUGAAGACGGACAGUUAAAAAUAUUUAAUUUAUGAAUUAAUGUGAAACACUCAUGAUUUUAGUCUUCUGUAAUAACCAGGUUUUGUACUGUAAAGCUAAAAGACUUUGAAGUUAACAUACCACAUUUCUUUAAACACUUAGUACCAAUGGCACAAGUUUGCAUAGGAAAAUCAAUCUCAUCUGUUAAAAAACUCAAUAAAACUUCAUGAAAUAUAAAAGGGAAUAAUAGAAUAAUUUGGUUUGGAAGGAACUUUUAAUGGUCAUCUAGUCCAGCUUCUCCUGCAAUGACCAAGGAUGUCUUCUGAGCCCCACCCACCCUGACCUUGAAUGUUUCCAGAGAUGGGGGAUCUUCUGCCUCUCUGGGCAACCUGUUCUGUUACCACCCUCACUGUAAAAAUCUUCCUUAUAUCUAGUUUGAAUCUACCUGCUUUCAGUUUAAAACUACCACCCCUUCUCCUAUUGCAACAGGCCCUGCUAAAAACUUGUUCCAGUCUUUCUUAAAAGCCUCCUUUAAGUAUUGAAAAAAACAGAACUUAAUUGUGCAAGCAGUGUUCUCAUAGAGGUCCCAGUAUGAAAGGUCAAAUUUCGCACACUGAAUAGUUGCCAAUUGAUGCUGUUCUUUGCAUGGAUGGAAUGUAGAUGUAAGUAGAAAAUGUUUCAUCUUCAGUGUAUAUUGAAAUGUUAUUUGGAGGCUCAAGUGCAGUGGCCUGAACUUUAACAGAAUUAGAUUGGUAUCUUUCUUACAUAUUAAUAUCUGCAUGUAAUAUCUGCACAUACUGCAUGUAAAUGUUAUGAAAUAACUGUUUACAGGACCUCAUGAGAAUAUAAAUUGUCAAGAGAAUUGUGGGAGUUUGUUUCUGGUUUGUGCAACUGUUUUUUCCUAAUGAUUUGUAGGAAUUAAUUAUGGCAGCAGCUUAACAAGUAAACAGCUACUUGCAGGACAACCUUUACUUAACACCGGGGAUGAGAGUUUUUGCUAAAUGAGUUUGCUUCUUUAGCUUCUUCUAUCAUGAAUUUCACAAACUAUUAGUUUGACUGGAGAGAUUUUUGAUUACCAGAUAUGGUUUACUGUGCAGGAACGGACAUAGCCAUUCUGUAUUUCCAAGAGUUUUUUACUGAUAAACCAUAUUAAAAUUGGUUCCUGAGGAUUAAUUUGCAAUUUGAAACAAUUGACUUCCAAUUUUUCCAGAACUGUUUGUUAACCUCGUAUUACUGUGAAAAAAAAAAAAAAAAGGACCAAUAUUGUCCUUAAUGUACAAGAAGAUUUCAUUGCUGAAUGUGCUCUGCCCAGGAGAUUUUUCAGGCCAAUUAUAAAUCUGAUUUCCUGCUUUUCACUUUUGCACGAGUUGCUGCAGCGGUGCUGCCCGGCACCCCUAUAUGGUGCUCCCGCAGGUGAGGGCUGCAUGCCUGCUCUCUGUCGCUGCAGUUCUGCUUGCGCUGCGAUCCCCUCUUGAGAGCCAGUGCUUUUCCUGCCCCCUCGGAGCCACUGGAAGGCGCUGUUGCAUGUAAGGAUGGGAUGGGAUGGGAUGUGUGUCCCGUCUCACCCAUUUGGGUGCUCACAUCUAUUGUGCUGUCCCAGCAGGCAAGGUAGAUUCUCCAGGUUAAAUAAACCUUUGGAGCUUUGGAACUGGGCAAGGCUAACACAAGGUCGAAUUGCAGAUUCUUUGCACCUGCCUGCUUUGCCAGCAUUGUUAUUUGAAGCAGAUAUAAUCUGUCAGUUGUCAGCCGCUGAAGGAAAUGUGUGGAGUUCAGAUGUGUGCUAGCAGUCAGAUCUCCUUAAUUCAGAGGAAGUGUACCCUUUGGCAACAUCUAGCACUUCAGCAGAAGUGAGACAACAAAUACCUGCCCAUACAGAUUAAAUGUUCAAUAUCUUGAUGAUUUGGGAAAGGAACAAUGGGUAACUCACCAGAAAGUGAAUAAUUGGUAAUGGGUAUGCUUGAUUUUGAAGCAAAUUUUCCUCGAAGUAAAAUUUUCACAGAUGAAAAAUUUAGCUUUCUGUGUUUUAUUCUGUCAAAUGUCUUCUGACAGCCUAUUUUUUACAUACCAAAGCAAGAAAUACAAUGAAGACAUCUGCUUUUGUGAGUAAUUUUUUAAAAAACAUUAAAAUGGAUAAUAUGUGCUGGAAAUGUGUGCCUUUAGGAUACAUACUGUCUUUGUAUCAUUUUCCAUUGCAGGAGGCAUGAUUGGGAAAAAAAAAAGGUAGCUAUUGUGGACUUCGUGAUUGUUGGCAAAUAUUGUAUUGUGUGUCACACUUUAAUCCCUAAUUGCAAUAUCAGAAUUUUUUUUUUUUUUUUUUUUUUUCCCUGCAAUCUACUCCUUAUAAAAUAAAAUUUCUGUAAUUCCUGCUUGAUGCUGUAUCCUGGACCUCAAGAUGCAGUUUGCCCUUUUGGGUGCCAGGGCACGCUGCUGACUCAUAUGCAGUGAUGUUCUAUUCUGUUUGUCCCUAAAAUGUUGAAGGCAUAAAAAGCAGAUUCCUCUAAGCUGGUACAGCAGUUACAUCCAUAAUAGAUUAAACAGGAAAAAACCUGAUAAGCUGAAAGUAUCUUUCAGCAUGUUCUUUAGUUAAGCAUAAGUUUUGAACUUUAAACUUGGGAUUUCUUUCUGUGUAGUCAUGCUUGAGUGAAGCAGGAGGUGUUCAUGGUAGCCUGCUAGAGAUGUGUAGAAACAUGUCCAAGAAACACAGAAACUUAGGAUAUGGAUGAAAUCACCUCUUGAUUAAACAGGGGUGAAAAUCUCUUACUGGAAGCUUCACAGCCUAUUUUGCAUGUUUACUUUAUAAAAUCUGCAUCUUUCAUCUUUAUCAGUGAAAAACCAUCACUAUUUUUUGCGCUCCUUUGCUUUUAUGUCAAUUUUGUUUCAACCUGUUGGUGUCAUGGUAUAUAAUUAUUCAGAUACAAUAACUAUAGUGUUCUUCCCUUUCUCCAUAAUAAUGGCCCUACCUGUCAGGUUAAACGUUUGUGUCAUUAUGAGAAAAUAAGUAGCUGAAAAUGACAGACAUUUCUGUUUGUUCAGUACCUGUACUAAGGAAAGUGAUUCAUUCUACCUUAAUGAAUGCCACUAUUUAUCUCCUUAAAAGAUAAGAGAACAAGAGAAGAUUCCCUUUUAUACUUUGGAAGUUUUUCUUGUGUCUUAGUCCUAGACAGGAAGAAAGGGCAGCUGUGAACAUUUAUAAUUCUGAUCACUGUUGUAUGAAGAAUGAAGUGAAUUGUUAAAGCAACAGAUCUCUCCUGCAGUUUCAUGACAUUAGACAUAUUAGUCUAUGUGUUGUGCAUUACAGUAUACUCUUCACUUCACUUUGUAGGGAUCUGAGCAAUUGAAGGAUAGUCUCCAUUGACCUAGCCAUCAAUUAAUUCCUGUUUCAGUUGCCUAUUUUAAGAAAUAAUUAUGUUUCAUUUCGCAGCUUUGGUACACUUUUAGUUUCUUCUCUGCCAAAUAAAUUAUAAGCUUACAUAUCUGA